AAGGGUAUGAUUCAACACCAACAUGAAAGCUCAGCUGUCAUGUGUGCUAGGGAGUAAACUUUAAACUGUCACUCAGACCUCCUGUAGAGAGGAAAGAGUUAAGUGGCGUGGACUUCUCUUGGGGGAAGCAGUUUGAGAACGUUCAUUUAGCACCGGGGAGAAAGCGAGGUGGUUAGGAUACAGAGAGCUGGUUGUCACUGACGCUGGUGGUGUGUGUAAUCAUAUGAGAAAGGCACAAAGCGAGGCUGUAUGCGCACGACUGAACAAAACUGAAUUUGAAGAACGACAUUUUUUUUGUUUUAAAUCAACCAGCCAACGCGAUGGAGGAGCCUCUUCAGGAAGAUUUGGCAACUUUAUCAGAACUGAAUGAAAAAAGUUUACUAGAGUCUCUCAGUCAACGAUUUAAACAGGAUAAAAUCUAUACAUACAUUGGUGACAUUUUGCUGGCAGUGAAUCCUUUUAAGUAUUUGCCUUUAUAUGAAAAAGAGGUAUCAGAAAGAUACAAAUUCCAUGACAAGAAGGCUUUGCCCCCUCACAUAUUUGCUGUGGCGGACAGGGCAUACCAGUCCAUGAUGGGCCGACUGGGAACUGGACCCAUGAACCAAUGUAUAGUGAUCAGUGGUGAGAGUGGAGCAGGGAAGACUGAGAGCACCAAGCUGCUACUGCGGCACCUCAUGGAGCUGUGCAGAGCCAACUCGCAGCUGGAGCAGCAGAUUCUCCAGGUGAAUCCUCUUCUGGAGGCCUUCGGGAAUGCCCAAACGGUCAUGAAUGACAACAGCAGUCGCUUUGGGAAGUACAUCCAGUUACGCUUCUUAGGAACCUCAGUGAAAGGAGCCAAGAUUAACGAAUACCUGCUGGAGAAGUCGCGCGUGGUGCAGCAGGACGAGGGCGAGCGCAACUUCCACAUCUUCUACUGCAUGCUGGCGGGCAUCUGUCCCGACGACAAGGACAUCUAUGGUCUCCUGGAGCCCCAGCAGUACAGAUACCUGAAUGGUACAUCCCUGUCAGAUGACAUGGUGAAUCGCUGGAGCAAGAAGUAUGCAGAUGUGUGUAAUGCAAUGGACAUGGUUGGGUUUGAAGAGCAGGAAAAGGUGGACAUGAUGACGAUCCUGGCGGGCAUCCUGUCUCUAGGCAACAUCAUGUUUGAGCCUGGGGAGGGUGAUGCCCUAAAGGUCACCGAGUCGUCUGUGGGCUGGCUCAAGGCGGCUGCGGGCCAGUUCGGGGUUCAGGAAGAGGAACUGCUGAAGAGUCUGACCUGCACUAUGUCUGUCACUCGAGGGGAAGCCAUCAGGCGCCUGCACAGCCAGCAGCAAGCCGAGGAUGCCCGAGAUUCCAUUGCCAAAGUUGCCUAUGGAAGAGUGUUUGGAUGGAUAGUCAGCAAAGUCAAUGAGUUACUUGCCCCAAAUGUAGAUCCAGAUGUUGAACUCUGUGAAAUUGGUAUCCUUGACAUUUUUGGCUUUGAAAACUUUGCUGUAAACCGGUUCGAACAGCUUUGCAUCAAUCUGGCCAAUGAGCAGCUACAGUUCUUUUUCAACCAUCAUAUCUUUCUGAUGGAACAGAGGGAAUACAAAGAAGAGCAGCUGGACUGGGAAGUGAUCUCAUACAAAGACAACAAGCCCAUACUGGACCUCUUUCUCACCAAGCCCAUCGGGAUCCUCUCACUACUGGACGAGCAGAGCGCCUUUCCACAGGCUACAGAUAGAAAUUUUGUGGAUAAACUUAACAGCAAGUUUAAGUCGCAUCCCAACUAUGAAGUGGUGCGCAGCCACAGUCCUACAUUCACGGUUGUGCACUACGCAGCAAAGGUUCAGUAUAACAGCGUAGGUUUCCUGGAAAGGAACAGGGACACCAUCCCAGCCAGCAUCAGAGGCCUCUUCAUCAACAGUGUCACGCCACUCCUCAGCCUGCUCUUCGCUGCUACGAUAUCUAGAACAGGAACUUUGAUGGCCCGUAAAGCUAAGCUUGCACAGAUUGCAGAGGACAACUUCAACUCAACCAGGAAACAAUCUGUUGGGGCUCAGUUUAAGCAUUCUCUUGGGGUCCUAAUGGAGAAGAUGUUCAAGGCCAGCCCUCACUUCAUCCGCUGCAUAAAACCUAACCGAACAAAAUCCCCCAACGACUUGGACAGCAACUUCGUCAUGGACCAGCUCCGGUACAACGGCUUGCUAGAAACCAUCAGAAUACGUCGAGAUGGAUUUUCUUGGAGACCGACCUUCAAGGAAUUUGCAGAGAGGUAUAGCCUCCUACUGCUCAAAACAGAUAUACCUCCCAAUAGAGAAAGCUGCAUGUACAUCCUCAACAACACAAGGCUCACUGGCUGGACGUGUGGGUCGUCGCGUUUGUUCUUUAAGUAUUGGCACCAAGCAGAGUUGGCUCGUCUUCUUGACAGACUUGGGAGGGCCGCCAUUGUCAUACAGAAGAACUUCCGUGCGGAGAUCUGCAGGAAGAGGUACCUGCAGCUGGUGGAGGAGAUGCGGAGACAGAUGCAGGCCCAAAGAGAGGAGGAAGAGAGGCUGCAGAGGAAGGAGGAGGAGGAGAUGAGGAAACAGCUCCUGCUGGAGGAGGAGAAGAGAAGACAGCAGCUCAUAGAACAGGAGAACAAGAGGCCAGUAUCUCCGCCCGUUCCACUACCCAGGAAGAAGAAGCCAGAGCCCAGGCCUCGCUCUUUCUUCUCAGGGCCCCAGUCAGCGCACCUGGCCCCUGUGCCUCGCCCACGCAGCAAGCUCUUUGAGGCGACGCCCUUUGAUAACGAUCUAGCGGGACCAGCGCACGAAGAACGUGCCAAAGAGAAGCACAAGCAGCGGAGGAACACCAUCCGAUGGUUCCGUGAGACGCAGGCCGGUAAGGUGGUGCAGAACGGAGAGUUCCCUUGCUGGUUCCACGGCAUGAUCACGCGCCGGCAAGCUGAGGACCUCCUCACUGACAAGCCCCUUGGCUGCUUUCUUGUCCGCGUUGGGCAGAGUCGGGAGGGAUACACUCUCACAUUCAGGGGAGCAAGUCGCUGCCGGCACUACAUGAUUGAGAUGCAGUGCAAUGGGAAGUAUGUGAUCCUGGGGGAGGACCGCGCCCACCCCUCGCUCACGGACCUGGUGCAGCACCACACGCAGGUGGGCAUCAAGCCCUUCAUGGAGCUCCUCACUGUGCCCUGUGGACAGUCAUGUGACCAGCAGCCAGACUACGAGGAGCUGGAGUACAUGUUGCCAUCCCCUCCCGAGCAUGCUCACCGCGGGCCGGACCCUGUGGCGCAGGAGCUGCAGGGCCUCUUCAUGCCCCCGGACCAGACCUCCGGAGCGCUCCAUCCCAACAAACCCCCCGUGCUGCGGAGGAUAUCAGACCACCGGAGGCAGCUGGAUGCCCUGUCCAACCAGCAACAGGCCAACCCGAAAGACAAAGCCAGACCGCGGCUGUACCCCUCCAUAAGGCUGGCCAUGAGGGAGAUUCAGCAGUUACAACAGCAAUUCUCUGACAGUGCUGAACAGACGGGAGUAGCUCCAGGCUAUCUCUGGGCACCCGGGAAGAGGACAGAUUCCUAGCAUUCAAAGAAAAGGGACCGAACAGAACAACACUUCCUCGGCUGCUGCUGAACCGAACUGGACAAAGUUGUGUGUUUGAGACACACUUUAAGAACAAAUUGUGAAGAGAACUUUUAAUAGUGCUUGAAAGACUUUAUUAUUAUUGUUUGAGUGUUUUGUUCAUGUGUAUUUCAUGUGUUUAUUUAGUAUAUUUAAAUGUAAAUUAUGAUUUUCUAAUGCACUGAAAUAAAUACUUCAGUUUUUAAA